AUGCCUGGAGGACGAGGGGUGAAGAAGAGUGGACGCGGUGACGGAGGACGCGGUGAGGCGUCACGUCAGUCGCGUCGUGUUCAAGGUAUGGAGCCUGAGGAGCACAAGGACCUGGAAACAGUCGUCCGCGACGCUCGGAAGGCGAAGAAGGCUGCUCGCGAGAGCGAGGCAGUGCAAGGUGGAGACGUCGAGGCGUCUGCAGAGGAAGAAGUUUCCCCUGGGUUCCAAGGUUCGACGGAGGUGAAUUCUGGGUCGCGGAUUCCUGAAGUCCCAGAGGAGCACACCCGCGAGGGUGGUGCUCAGGCGUCUGAGGGAGGCGCCAAUGCGGUUGAGCCCCCGGGGGUGAUUGACUUGGUCUCAUCUUCGGACGAGUCUGUUGUGGAAGUGAAGUCGGAGCCCAGUUUCAGCGCCAAGUUUGCAAGCGGCACCAGGAAGACGCCUGAAAGCGACAUCCGGGAAGUUGCUGCGCCUGCUCCCGAGUCGGGAGCAGCGGCGUUGGACGCCGGGAGCAUGGUGCUGUACGUUCGACGUGAAGUUCGACGCUGGGAAGAGGUGAAUCCUGGGAAGGUGACGCCGCCAACUGUCGUUUAUGAGUGGCCUACUCCGAAACCGGAUGCCAACUCGUACUUCGCGGCCGCGUACGCAACGGGAGACUACCUCAAGUGGCGUUUGUCUCUGGAGAAUCAAGAUGAAGCCUGGAUCUCUGAGUUUCACCUCGCCCGGUGGGGCGUCGGAACUGCUCAGGAUCUCAUGGCGACUACGAUUCCCCAGACGUACAAGUCUUCGACUGGUGCCUCGCUUCAGAAUUCCACUCCCCUGAAUUCCAUGUCCAAUGGACGUGAUUCUCUGGAGGCGGAAGCCAAGGACGCUACCCCAGGCGCGGUGCCAAAUGUCAUCGGUACCUCGCGCGCUUCGGAUGAGAGUACUGCCUCGGGCGUUCAAACGUCUUAUGGUAGCUCUUCGUCUUCGUUGAUGAUGUCGCUUGGACAACGAGUUGAAGCUCUAGCGCUUGUGGCCCAGAGCGCCGGUGGCUUUGCAGCUGCCGGUGAUCUUGGAUUUCAGGUCACCCGGACAGUCAUCCCGUCGCGUAUUGUGUCUGGGCCCGCCCAAAUCGAGCUGAACGUCUUGCGACAACAGCAGGAGUGGCAGGCCCGCAUGGAACAGGAGCAACGCGAGUUUCUCGCCAUAGAAUGCCUGGAUGCCUUGGAGCGCGAGUGCCUCAGGGAACAACGUAACCUGGACGCGCGUCGCCAGAUCCAGGAACUUACGGAUCACUUGGUCCACGCUGAGAUCGCCCGAGGAGAAGCGGAACGGCGUGCGCAGGACGUGGAGGCUCGCCAGACCCAAAGUUCCACUGAAACUCAGGGGAUGACCCAGAGUAUCACGGAAGCUGUACGUCUUGAGCGUGAGCGCCUGGAUGCCGCCUACGCCGAGCGCUGGCGACGGCACGAAGCCAAAGCCGACUCGGAGCGCGCGCGCUGGGUCUCCGAGACCUACGCCGGUUGGAAGGAACAAAUGUCAACAAUGGAGCAGAAGGUCCAAGAACUUGAGGCGGAGAAAGAGCGAGAGCGGGAGUCUUCCGAGAAUAUCCAGCGCUUCCACGCCGGCCAAGUGCGCGACUUUCGGGCAACAUUGGCCCAAGUUCAAGCGCGUCGCGCAACCGUCGCCCCUGAUUUGGCAACAAAUGUGAGGUUGUCAGUGGCUCAGAACCCUGAAGUUGCAACCCGACCCCAAGAAUCCAGUGGCGUAAUCAACGGAAACGCAAGUGUCACAGGCCAGAGACGGGAGACAGCUGAUCCGAAGAACACGUCCGAAGUCGCCGCCUCCCAGCUAAGAGCGACCCUCGCGCAGACUCCCGCCGACACUUCCGGCAGAAUCGCGCGCGUCAAGCGGGGACAUGGCGCUACGGAGACCAAGGUGACGCAGGACGUCAAGCUCGAGCCUGUGUCUCUGGGGAAGACGUCGGAUCCCAGGAGAACAGCGACCUCUAAUGCCUCGCAGGACUCUAAAACAGACUCCAAGCGCUCUGCACCCAAGAAACACCAGCAGCAGAAGAAGAAGCGUCAGGAUGUCAAUCCACCCUCGGACGCAGACCCAAGCUCCGAUUCCAGCGAUGAUGACUCGUCCUCUGAGAGUUCGGAUGACAGUUCGGAUGGGAACCCUGGGGUUAACCUGUCGACGGCCUCUACGGCUCAAGCUGGCACUACGCUCCUGACGUUCAGACCGUACAUCAACUCGAAUACUCUGGGUGAGUUCGAUACUAAGGCGUCACUCAGGGAACGCGUGCAUUGGUGGGAACGUUUUGCGAACAUGGCGGCUCAGGGAGGUUGGUCUACGAAGAUGCGAAUUCAGGAACUCAAGUUGAAACUCUCGGGAGCUGCGCGUGACUGGUUCAACCAGUUGCCCAAACACACUCAGCGUGACUGGAAGGAGUUGGCGUCUGCAUUCAGGAAGAAGUACUGCAAAGCGCGCUCGUCGUACUCUGAACGUUACUUCACGAUAGAGAUGAAGAACUCAGAGAGCGCCCUGGAUUUCUUUUAUCGUCUGAAUUCCGCCGCUGGGAAGGCUGACAUUGACUUUCGCAAGUCUUCGAAGCGCCUGGAGAAACACAUCCGGAGGUUCAUCACGAAACUCAGGGACACGCGCCUCAAGACGUCGCUGCAGGACCAGAGAUCCAGGUGUAUCGCUGAUCUAGAGUACGCUCUGGAACAGGACGAAGAUGUCUGGAGCCGCAGAGACCAUGAUGCUCCGCCGCCCAGAGAAAUCACGGACGAAUCCAGAGUUUCUGCCCGAAGUGCGAGCGCGAAUUCAGGGUCAACUCGUGAGAUCUCUGGAGAAGAAGCUUCUACGCCUAGCGUGGGAGUCUGGCGAGUAUGA